ACAAGUAUCUAAUCAUUCAACGAGCGAGAAAAACGGUGGUACGCUAAUCGGCCCUCACCGCCUUAAGGCUAAUGUAACCAUCUUCUCCCUCCGCCUCUUGACCGCCCUCUUUCCGGAGCGGCUCGCUCAUCCAUUGAUUCUUCCGUCGAGCUGAAUUUAUGCUGAAAAUCGAAAGGCUAUCGCGCUUCUGCACUCAAUUUGCCCGUUCCGGUCUCUGACGAUCUGGCGACGCAGCCGUCCACGCUUUCUCGUUCUCUGCUUUUGGUACGCAUCUUUUCUCCGCCAUCCUUCUUGCUCUGAAUAGCUAGGUCGCUUGCUUGGAUGAGAGAGGCGUCGGAGUCGGAAUCGUGGCUUUGAUAGAGGGAAAGCGACCGCCCGGCAUUCUCCUAUGGUUCGUAAACGAAACCCUAACAAUCGACCUUCCCGCCCUCCCCCGGCGGAAGCUCCGCCGGGGGAGUCGGCGUCGGAUUGUUCAACCGUGAAGGCGGAGUGCGAGCGAGCACUGACAGCGCUUCGCCGGGGAAACCACACCAAGGCCCUCCGUCUCAUGAAGGACGCUUGCCAGCGUCACGAAUCCUCUGCGCUAUUCCACCGCGUUCAUAGCACCAUCUCAUUCAAGGUCGCUUCCCUACUUGACGACCCUAACAGCAAGCUGCGGCACUUGCGUAGUGCGAUCGACUCAUCCCGCCGUUCCGUCGAGCUCUCCCCAAACUCGAUUGAGUUUGCGCAUUUCUAUGCGAACCUUCUCUACGAGGCUGCCAAUGAUGGUCCUGCCUAUGAAGACGUCGUCCAGGAGUGUGAGCGUGCGCUGGCGAUUGCAGACCCUGUAGAUCCAGCCAAGGAGAGCCUUCAGGAAGAAAGCCAGCAGAAGCUCACCACUGCUGAGGCUCGGAUUGCUCACGUGCAGCAGGAGCUCCGUUCCCUCAUUCAGAAGUCCAACCUUGCAUCACUCUCCACCUGGAUGAAGAACUUAGGCAACGGCUCUGGACGCGAGGAGAGUAUUAGAUUGAUACCUAUGCGACGCCUGAUGGAGGAUCCCAUGGAAGUCACUGUGAUACCAGCUCGCCGACCUAAUGAGAUCAAGAAGGCCACUAAGACCCCUGAGGAGCGCCGCAAGGAGAUUGAAGUACGUGUUGCGGCUGCUAUCCUACUCCAGCACAAGUCUAACUCACCAGCUUCGGCUGAGAAUGACACCAGGGGCAGUGAGCCGCCUUCAUCCUCAGGCAGUAAGGAGCGUCGCAGGUCAAACAACUCAAGAAAACUGUCAUUAUCUGCUGAGAGGAUGGACCAGGCACGUUCCCAUUGGAAUUCCAUGAGUACUGACCAGAAAUUUGAGUUUCUCUCAGUGAGGGUCGCUGAUCUUAAGGAACACUAUGCAUCAUCAUCAAAGGAUAACCUUGCAUCAGAUGUCCUCUCGGAGGCCUUGGCUUUUGUUGGCUCCAAUGGUACAUGGAAGUACUGGGUUUGCUGCCGAUGCAAGGAGAAGUUUACAGAUUCUGAUACUCACGUCCAGCAUGUCAUGCGGGAGCACAUAGGCAGUCUCUCGCCCAAGUUGCAAUCUGUUCUGCCUCAAGAAGUUGAUGUCAAGUGGAUUGAGAUGCUUCUGAAUUGGAGCUGGAAGCCCAUUAAUUCAGCUGCUGCUGUGAAAAUGUUAGAGGAUGCAGUUGAAAAGGAGCAUUUGGUUGUCAAUGAUGAAGAUUCUGACACCAGGAGUAAUAAGGAUAAGGAAUCCUUGUCUGAAUGCUGGAGUUCGAAAUAUAACUCAGAUUCUUCCUCAUCACUGCAACAGAGAGAGUACGUGGAUGGGGAGAAUGGAUAUACUUUAGGAAGCAGGGAGAAUCAUAUCUCAACCGUUUUUGCGGGUUCAUCUCGGAGAUGGCCCUUGUCUGAUGAUUUGGAAAGAGCCAAACUUCUUGAAAGGAUUCAAGGAAUGCUUCGGCUGUUCAUUAAACAUAAGAGCCUCUCUGUUAGUCAUCUCAACAAGGUGAUCCAAUUUGCAAUGGAAGGUAUCAAAGGUUUAUCAUCGGGUUCACAGCUGCAGAAUAGUGAACUUGACCAGUCACCCAUCUGCAUUUGUUUCUUGGAUGGACCCCAGCUUAGGAAGGUACUCAAGUUCUUGCAGGAUUUGUCUCAUUCAUGUGGAUUAGUUAGAUACAGUGAGAAGGAUAAUGCUGCUGGUGACACAGUUCAGACUGAUAAUGGUGGUGAAGCUCUAGAUGGAGUCAGACUUGCCUAUGAUUCUGCCAGGCUUCUUGUAGAUGGUCAUCUAUUCCAUACAAAAACUGGUUCUAAAAUAUCUGAUGCUUCAUCUCUUGUUGAUGGUAUAGAUACGAUCCCUGAUGCUGAUGCUAUUGUUUCCUGGCUUUUUUUUGGUUCAUCGUGCGAGGAAGAACUAUCUGCCUGGAAGUGUAGGAAGGAGGAGAAAUUUCAGUUGGGUAUGGAAACCCUUCAGAUUCUUGAGAAGGAGGUUUACCUUUUGCAAAGCUUGUGUGAGAGAAAGUGUGAGCAUUUGAGCUAUGAGGAGGCCUUGCAGGCCGCAGAGAACCUUUGUGUGGAAGAGUUUAGGAAAAGAGAUCCUUCUAUGAAGUUAGCUCCCCAAAGUUAUGAGUUUGUAUUAAGGAAGCGACAAGAAGAACUUAUUGAAAGAGAGGAUGAUGUGAUGUAUACAAGCGAUAGACUUGAGUUGGAUGCCAUCUCCAAUGUUCUCAAGGAAUCACAGGGCUUGAGCAUAGCUCAGUUUGGGUAUGAUGAAACUCUAUCCAGUGAGGCUUCUUGUUUGAGCGAGUUGGACUAUGAUAAGGAUGAGAGGAGAGCGCAUGAAUACGCACAGCAAGCUGAUACCUGUAUUGAACUAGCAAUCCAAAGACAAAGGGAGCAAUUAUCUGUUGAGCUCAACAAGCUUGAUGCAAAGUUAAUGCACAAUGUGAAUGGCAUGCAGCAACUGGAAGCGAAACUUGGCCCGGCUUCUGCUUAUGAUUAUCAGACAAUUAUUAUACCUUUAGUGAAGUGUUUUCUUCGGCUUCAUCUGGAGUCAUUAGUGGAUAAAGCUGCGACUGAGAAGUCGGAUGCUGCUAGAGAAGCCUUUUUAGCAGAACUCGAGCUUGAUGAGAAGAAAAACAUAAACAGGGAAGUUGAAUCGAGACAUGCACAUGAAAAGUUGAAGGAUAAGAAAAAGAGUAAGGAUUCCAGAAAAUCCAAGGACACAAAGACUGCAGGUUAUAGUGAGCAGCGUAACAAUCACAAGGAAACUGCUGAACAUUUGGAGUUUACUGCUUCAAAUGCUGGGAAGCUUGUGGAUUUUGAGGCCACCACAACUAGCGAUCACUUGGAAGAAGAAAAAGAGGAAUUAAAACGUCAAGUGGAACUUGAGGAAGAAGAAAGGAAGUUGGAGGAAACUUUAGAGUAUCAAAGGUGGAUAGAAUAUGAAGCAAAGCAGAAGCAUCUUGCAGAACAAUUAAAGAAUUCUUCUGGGAAUCAUGCAGAAACCUUUGCAGAACAAGUGAAGAAUUCGUCUGGGAAUCAUCCAGAAAUGAUUGAGGAAUCAUUUGGUGUUGAUUCUGGUCCAAAUGUCAAUACUCUGGUAUCAAAUGAUCAGAGCCGGGCAAUGUUACAUAGUAAUGCUGCUGAGGUUUUUCCAAAGAGCAUACUGUUUAGAGAUUUUGGUUCUGGGGAAACAAUAAAGGAUCAUCAGAACGGUCAAUAUAAUAGGUCUACUACCUUCUGUGAAGAUAAGCUAAUAUGCUCACAAAUACAGAGGUUGGGCGAUUACAAUAACAGUUAUGCAACUGGUAUUAAGGAGACACAGGCCUUAGGAUGGAGCAUUCAAACUGAAAAUAGAUCAGGCGGUGUUAAAAUAAAUGGGUUAGAUAGACCUGCAUCCCCAGCAAACUAUUCCACACUCUCUAAUGCAAAAAAGACCAAGAAAACAGAUAAGCAGUCCCAUUCAAAAUAUAAGCAAGAUGCACAAAAUGGAUAUCUGUCAUCUAACAACCAGAUUAGCAGACAAACCAAUGGAGGCAGUAGUUUGGUUCAAUUGCCUGAUAAAAAUACACGAGUUCUGCAACAUUUCCAGGAAAACCAUUCAUAUGGGAAGGCGCCAAAUGGAGUUUAUUUAAAAAAUCAGCUUCUUGAAAGUGUUGCUGAUGAGUUUCAUGAUGGACAUGAUGAAAUGAAGGCAUUCAAUUCAUUGCCCGUUGUUGAUGAUGAAGAUGUAAGAUUCCAGGAAGAUCUUGAAAAAGCAGUACGCCAAAGCCUUGAUUCUUUUCAAGCAGAGAGGAAAUUACCUCUUGCUCCUGUCUUAGGAUCGUCUCAGCAAGGAUCUUCAGAGUUGGGGAACUCUACUAAGGAAACUGCCAUUACUUUUCCGGACAAAGAUGUUUAUGGCACUGGUCUAACGAAUGCAAUUGGUGAAUAUAAUUGUUUUCUGAAUGUAAUAAUCCAGUCAUUGUGGCAUUUAAGGAGAUUUCGAGAUGAGUUCUUGAUGAGAUCAUCAGUGCACGCACAUGUUGGGGAUCCCUGUGUUGUCUGUGCACUGCAUGAUAUCUUUGUUGCUUUGAACAACGCAUCUGGGGAUAGCCAAAGGGAAGCUGUUACACCUACACAUUUGAGGAUAGCAUUGAGCAACUUGUAUCCUGAUAGCAAUUUCUUCCAGCAGGCUCAGAUGAAUGACGCUUCUGAGGUGUUAGGUGUAAUCUUUGACUGCUUGCACAAAUCAUUUACACGUUCUACUCAAUGUGAUACUGAAUCAGAAGAAAGCAACCUUAUGGGCACUUGGGAUUGUGAUAGCACUACUUGUAUAGCACAUAAUUUAUUUGGAAUGGACAUAUUUGAACGGAUGAACUGUUCUAGCUGCGGCAUGGAGUCAAGGCACUUUAAAUAUACCACUUUUUUUCAUAAUAUCAAUGCAAGUGCACUCAGGACAAUGAAGAUUGCUUCUGUGGACAGUUCAUUUGAUGAGCUUUUAAAAACUGUGGAUAUGAAUCAUCAGUUGCUUUGCAAUAUGGAGUCUGGCGGGUGUGGAAAGUUAAAUUCUAUCUUUCAUAUCCUUGCAGCACCACCAAAUGUUUUUAUAACCGUUUUGGGAUGGCAGAAUACUAAUGAAAGUAUAGAUGAUAUCUCUGCUACAUUGGCAGCCAUUACGACUGAAUUUGAUGUAGGUGUCUUAUACAGCGGUCUCAAUAAAGGAAGGAAGCACUCUCUGGUAUCAGUGGUAUGCUAUUAUGGGCAACAUUAUCAUUGCUUUGCUUAUGAACGUGAACGUUGGGUUAUGUACGAUGACCAGACUGUCAAGGUUAUAGGUCGUUGGGAUGAUGUUAUUAAUGUGUGCGAAAGGGGGCAUUUGCAACCUCAAUUACUUUUUUUUGAGGCCGGCGACUACUGAGAAAUCAAGCCCUCAUUAUUUAUUCCGUUUAUUAAAACGGAAAUUUUCCUUCCAAGCAUCGGAAGCUCCAAAUUGGUUUGGCUGUGCUAAUUAUCUCCGGUCCUAAUAACCUUCCGAGUGCUGGACUGGCUUUCAACUCUCUAACCUGCAAGAACAAAUUCUCUUGCGAUUUCAGAGUUUUUGUGACCUUCAGCUGCCAGAAAAAAAGCUUUCGUUUAGCUACAAAUUUUCAGUUUCAGCACCUCCAGCAAAGGAAAGUAGUUUUCUACCCAUCGCAGCUACUUUUACCAUUACUACACUGCCAGUCCUGCUAAUUUUGAUGCAAAUGGCAGAUUAUUGGAUGUUCUUCUGCGUUAAGUGAUUCUGCUUCUGCCAUAUAAUAUAUAUAUUAUAGGAAUCAGAGGUCUUUUAUAGUUUCAAAAGUUGAAGUUUUGUGAUCAUGUCGGGAAACUGGAGCCCAUGCCUUUCGUCUAUAUGAAGCUGAAAUUAUCGUUCGUAUUUGCUUUUUUCCUGUAUUUAUUUUGCUGGUGAAAUAAGAGGCCUAUGAUGCGACGAUUAUUAUGUUUU